AUGUUUCCACCUCAACAAUCAAUACAGGUCGAUUUGGCAGCUCUGUCCGGCAUCUGCGGCUCCAUCUCCAUCGCCUGUUGGGUGGUCGUCUUCUCUCCCCAGAUCAUCGAGAACUUUAGACGGUCAUCUGCAGAAGGCCUGUCCAUCACUUUUCUGGUCAUCUGGCUGGCUGGAGAUGUGUUCAAUAUUCUUGGAGCCGUCUUGCAGGGCGUCAUUCCUACCAUGUUGAUAUUGGCGAUUUAUUACACCUUGGCCGACAUUGUCCUGAUCGCACAGGUCUUUUAUUACCGUGGCUUCACCUUAAGCGACAAACCUAGCACCACCAACGGGCACGUUGACAAUAUGGACAGCGAGCAUCGUCCACUACUGCAGCCUGACACCCGCACUGCACCGCACUCCCGCGACGAGCCAUCUAAUCCCGAUGACCACCGCCGCAGCUCCGCUGCCUCUGAUAUUCGUCGCCACCUUUCCCAUGUCGAGCACCUGUCGCCCGCAACUCCUAUUCACGACCCUCCCAGAGACAAUGCUGUCGCGCUGCGCAACCUCAAACCCCGAUCGGCUCUACAAGCCGCCCUCCUCAACAUCUUCGCCGUCUUGCUCGUUUGCGCCGCUGGCGUCUUCGGUUGGUGGCUCAGCACCCGGGCUGCAAGCCACAAACACCACCAUCAUCAUCACGAUCACGCCCCAGAAGACGAGAUCCCAGAACCUCUCGAAUUCGACCCCUGGGGCCAGUUCUUCGGCUACCUCUGCGCCGUCUUCUACCUAGGCAGCCGCAUCCCACAAAUCGUGCUCAACUACCGCCGCAAAUCGACCGAAGGCGUGUCUCUCCUCUUCUUCCUCUUCGCCUGCAUCGGCAACCUGACCUACGACAUGAGUAUCUUCGCAUAUGACCCGACGCCAAUGUGCAGCGAGGGCGGCGCCGUUGGCAGGUGCGGGCCUGGUGAAGCAGGCAGCAUCUACGCACGUUAUCUGGCCGUCAACGCGAGUUGGAUCGCGGGAAGUCUGGGCACUUUGCUGCUCGACAUGGGUAUUUUUGUGCAGUUCUUUUUGUACCAGAAGGAUGAGGAUGAGAGUGGUGGGUACGAGGAAAGCGUUGAUGAUGCGGUUGUUGAUGAUACUGCUUGA